CAUAAGUGAGCCGGCACACUGCAGACAGCCGUCUUUGUAAGGAGACCACAGAGCUGAGCACUGUGACAGCAUCGUUGCUGUUACUUUGUUACCUGCAAAUCCCAAUGAACUCCCUGCAGAGAAGGCACUGACCCUGCCUGCAACUAUUGCAAGGCACAGGCAUCCAUCAGUGCAACAUUAAGACCACAUUUCAUGUGAGAUCUUAACUUUAAUAUUUUUUUUUUUUCUCUCACAAUAUAUUUUUAUACAUUUUUGUUACAAUCAUGGUGCUGGGGAAGGUGAAGAGUUUAACUAUAAGCUAUGACUGCCUUAAUGGCAGCCAUGUCCCGGUGUAUUCCAGUGGGGAUACAGUCUCAGGAAGGGUUAAUCUGGAAGUCACUGGGGAAAUUAGGGUGAAAUCUCUUAAGAUCCAUGCAAGGGGGCAUGCAAAAGUACGAUGGACUGAAUCAAGAAAUGCUGGAUCUAACACUGCCUAUACACAGAAUUACACUGAAGAAGUAGAAUAUUUUAGCCACAAAGACAUCCUAAUUGGACAUGAAAGGGGUAAGUGUCAAUAUUUUUCUAUAUGUAUCAUGUUCCUGUACAUCUUUCAGUAAUAUGUAUGUAUAACAAUGGUAAUUCAGUUUGGAACCUAGAGUAUAUUUAUUGUUAUGAUUUAAAUCGAAUGUUGAGCUAAAUGUUUAAAAAAAAUCAUUGUGUGUAGGAAGAAUUGUAAGUAUUCAUUAACCCCAUAAAGUAAAACCCUGUAGUGACACCAUUUUUCUUUCCACUGUUCUCCCCAAAAGUAAAAUGUCAUUAUUUCUUAUCUGAGGAUUGGAAAGUAUUAGAAUGGCACAGUUGGCACAUGCCAUUUUGAUUUCUGAUGACUGUAUUGAUUUUUCUUCAAUACCAUGGGGCAUGAUAGUGUAGCAACCUCCAUCCUAACUUUUGGAGGUGGGUGUUGCAGUUUGUUUGUUAAAACCAUAAUUAUUUCAGUGGUUUUCUGGAAUUGUCAUGUAUGCUGAUAACAUGAAGGGUUGAGAAGGCAUUGUAUAAAGCGGGGUGGUGAUGGGGUUGGAUGAAGGCAUCAUCUUGUUUUUCUGAAGUUUCCACCACCCUUUUGUUAGAAGCGGUUCAAUCCUGUUUUGGGCUAGUGGUGUCAGUGGAGAGAGAUCUGAGUGGGAGGGGGGACCUCCUCUCCUUGCAGUGGAUUGGCUGCAGCCAUGUCAGCUGGUGGCCAUGACUUAAUACUUCUAAAGGAGAAUAGCACAGAAGAUGAUGAUGAUUAAAAUAUAUAUUUAUAGCAAGCUCUGCAUUCAUGCAGCAAAAUGGCUGUACAUCACCGUAUAUAAAUGCAGUUCCUCCAAUUUAAUGUUUUAAUGUAUACCUUUCUAGUGAGGGCUGGAUGACUGGCAUCAGUAUGUGAUGUGCAGCUGGCUAGGACUAGUUGCUUUACUACAUUGACCCAGAUUUUACAGAGCCUAGAUACCAGUUCUACAGCCAGUUAGGCUAUAUUGGAAUCCACGCAUUGUUUUGAUUGCAUUCUCUGUUACCCAUAAGUAGGUAUGCACCAUUGUUUUCCAGGAGGACACAUCUCGUUUUUUACAUUUGGCUGGACAGUUCCUGAAGUAUGUAGAAUUCAGAAGCUACAGGAAAUCAAUGAAAUCAUUCAUUAAACAAUGAGGGGUCCUGCAUGAUAUGAAUUCUACAUACCUCAUGAUGGCAUGUUAUGGGUAGAUCUGGCCAUAAGGGAGACUUUGGUCAGUGCUUUGGUUCAUAAACGAAUUGCUAAGCUCUACAUGAAGCUAUAUUACUUUGUGUCUGAAUAUAGUGCAGGGUUUGCUGGAAGACAUUAGGUGGGCAGUGAAUAUGCCAUAUUUGGCUGAAUUAUGUUCUGCUAGCUUUUUAUAUUCCUCACUCCAUGCAUGGUGAUAAACCCACAGACAGGGGCACUGCCAGCUUUUUAUAUUCCUCACUCCAUGCAUGGUGAUAGAUCCACAGACAGGGACACAGAGCCCUGCAGCACUAAAAGGGUUAAUGCAGUCCCUCUCCUGUUACGUGCAGCUUGGCAGAACCCUCUCACAAAAGCCUGGUUACAGAUGGAGGUGGAGGGUGAGGCCAACCACGCCCUUCACACUUGCCAUUGGACCAGCGAGCUUUUGUUAGGCUGUUGUCAAGGUGACUGCCAAAUGAUAGCAUUGGCCAAUGCUUGUUGCUUAGGGAAGUAAGGAAAGAGAUGGGCGGGGCCUGGUGUUACAGUUGGAAGGCGUUUAACCAAUGUCGUUCUUUUUCCUGCCAUGCUCUAUCCAGCCAGGGAUAGAUCCAGGGCAACGUUCUAAGCAUGGAACGUUCAUUAUACAUUGUUACACUCGCUAUACUAUGUGUCAGAUUAAGCUCUAUGGCAAGGUAUUAUUACUGUGUUACCAGUUCCUGGAUGAUCAAUAAAUAAUAACAUUCUUUGAAGGAUUUUUGUACUAUACGAAUGGCAAGCACAGUAUUUAAUAUACUAUAAUUAUAAUGUGUGGCAGUUAAGAUGAAUCAUUCCUAUAGCCAGGUGCUGAGAGGACUCACUGAACUUACUAUGGUUUAGUUCGGGCACUGGGAUAUAACCACCAUUAAUCCAUCUACUUUCUAGCCCCCUCUCGCUUACAAUGUAGUGGUUUAAAGUGGGGAUUGGACUGCAGCCCCUAACGCACAUAUAAUUCAUUCUCUUGAAAAAAUAAAGUGGUUGGAAGUUGAGCUGAUAUACUUGCAAUGAGCUGGGGGUUAUUAUGGUGGCAUAUAUAUCCCUAAACCUAAAAUAUGGUUGGUUACGGUGGGCUCUAGGUUAUAGUGUGGUCCUAUGACAGUAGUCAGUGUCUCAAUAGGUUAUAGUGUGGUCCUAUGACAGUAGUCAGUGUCUCAAUAGAUUACAGUGUGGUCCUAUGACAGUAGUCAGUGUCUCUAUAGGUUAUAGUGUGGUCCUAUGACAGUAGUCAGUGUCUCUAUAGGUUAUAGUGUGGUCCCAUGCUGGUAGUCAGUGUCUCUAUAGGUUAUAGUGGGGUCCUAUGUUAGUAGUCAGUGUCUCUAUAGGUUAUAGUGGGGUCCUAUGAUGGUAGUCAGUGUCUCUAUAGGUUAUAGUGGGGUCCUAUGAUAGUAGUCAGUGUCUCUAUAGGUUAUAGUGGGGUCCUAUGACAGUUGUCAGUGUCUCUAUAGGUUAUAGUGGGGUCCUAUGAUAGUAGUCAGUGUCUCUAUAGGUUAUAGUGGGGUCCUAUGAUAGUAGUCAGUGUCUCUAUAGGUUAUAGUGGGGUCCUAUGACAGUAGUCAGUGUCUCUAUAGGUUAUAGUGGGGUCCUAUGAUGGUAGUCAGUCUCUCUAUAGGUUAUAGUGGGGUCCUAUGACAGUAGUCAGUGUCUCUAUAAGUUAUAGUGGGGUCCUAUGACAGUAGUCAGUGUCUCUAUAGGUUAUAGUGGGGUCCUAUGAUGGUAGUCAGUGUCUCUAUAAGUUAUAGUGGGGUCCUAUGACAGUAGUCAGUGUCUCUAUAGGUUAUAGUGGGGUCCUAUGACAGUAGUCAGUGUCUCUAUAGGUUAUAGUGGGUUCCUAUGAUGGUAGUCAGUGUCUCUAUAGGUUAUAGUGUGGUCCUAUGACAGUAGUCAGUCUCUCUAUAGGUUAUAAUGGGGUCCUAUGACGGUUAUAGUGUUAGUAGUCUCUCCGUGUCAGAAAGCGUGCAGGAUCCAGCGUGCUCCCCACACACCCGGAAGCUGGAGGCGGAGGGAGGGAGUGGGCGGGGCCAGCAGUCAGGCUAGGUUGCGCUCGGCCAGUCCCUGCGGCUGGUGACGUCACGGCUAUGCAUAUGAGAGACUGGCUGAGACUGUGCUCGCACCGGUUCAGGCCGGUCCUCUCCUGCUGGAGUCUGUCUGUGAUUGACAGCUCAGCACUUGUUUACCACAGAGUGCAGCUCGCUGGGCUCAGACUGCUGAGCUGGCAGUACAGGGAGCAGCCAGCUACUACUCCAUUACUGCAUAAAGCAAGCAAAAUGUGGGAAAUAUAACCCAAUAAACAUUAAAAACACAACAUAUAACACCGUCUGCUGCCUUUACAGGACAUUAAUCACACAAAUAUGUAGAAAAAUGUGGGAAAUCUGUGGAAAAAUAAAGUGUACAGACACUAAAACACUCAUAAAGGGUUUAUUUUAUUUAAACUUGAGAGAUUUUGCAGAUUCUGAAGAGAAUAAUGUCCUCGCUACUAGAAAUAAUAUUUUUAAGGGGUUCUUUUAUGGAACCGUGGAGAAUACCCCCGUAUUCCAAAUUUUAAAACCAAAAAGAGCCUCAGUAAUUUAAAUAUAUAUUUUUUUUCACCUUUGCUAUUGUGGUUUGUCGCUCACGAUUCCACGUUGGUCACCGUCACAAUUACUAAAUAAACCCCCACCUUCACCCCCUUUAAAUUAUUAUUCAUAUUUUUGGGAGGCUAGCAAGUAAUGUCAUGUUAAGUAAAUAAAUGAUCUACCACCGUCCACGAGGGCUUACAGUGUUAAUAUUAACUCAGCAUAGCGAGGUGGAUGCAGAUAUAAAUGUAACGCUGAAUUUAUGUGGAACAGGUGAACAAAAGGGCAGAUACGCAUAUUUAAUGCCCUCACUAAUCGUUAGUCACUCGUAGUGCCUUGAGCAUGACCCAGCUUUUCUGUUAACACACCCAAAACAAGAUAAAAUAUCUUUUGCGUGAUAAUCCACAGCUAGAAUGCGAAGGUCAAGUUGUUUACUGCAAAUAUUAGCACGUCCCGAAUAUGUGGCCUUUUUUAGGUGGAGUUUAACCUCGGCUUUUUAAUGCUAUGGGUUUCAUUACUUCAAGAGAGUUAAUUUGGGGGCGUUCUUAUAAUAUGUCUCUAUUAUAAGUCUCCGUGCUAUUUUAUUCUGUUGCUAGGCAAUAUUUAUAUAACCUGGUGUUGGAAUCGCGUAACAAAAUGACAGGACAUUCAGUUACUUAAAAUAUUUUCAAGGUUUUUUUUAACAAUGAACUACACGUUAAAGAUGGGUGCAGUGAAAUUACUGCUGUAUGUCUGACCUAACCAAUUACACUUGGCAGACUGAUGCUUAAAGGUUUAUAUAUAUAUAUAUAUAUAUAGUGUUUAGCAUAUAAAUGCAGACAAUAGUUUAAUAAAGAUAGCUAGGGUAUUUUAAAAAGCAUGGUUUUUAAACCAAAACACAACUAUUUUCCCAACUUGACUAUUUUGGUCUAAUAUUUGCAGUCCCAUUGUCAGUCGCUUAAUCCAUCAUCUCUGUGUUACCUUUAAAAAAAAUAUGAAAAAGAAAAACUUACAUAUUCUUCCAUAAAUAGUCUUUUAACAUGUAACAAAGCAAAAUGGCACACACAUUAUUGUUGAAACAUAUUUUAUUCUUUUAAAGGUGACAGCAGUUAAGUAUCUGAGGGAAUUAUAUCGAAUGGUGUUUUUUUUAAAAAUGGAUAGACUGUUAUGAGUUUUAAAAAUUUAAAAACGAGGGGCAGGGCCCUAUACAAUUUAAAUUGAAUAUACUUCUAGUGCUGCUAAAUUAUAUAUUCCUAGGUAAAGUAUUGCAUUUUUAAUUUUUUUUUUUCCUUUUUUGUAACAAUUAGUAUUAGUCAUUUAGACAUGCAGAGGAGUGAGCUCACGCAUUUAAAACAUUCAUUGAUGGCAUUUUUUUAUUGAUAAAUAAGUAUUUGAUGUUUCAGUUUUUUAUUUUUUUUGUAUGUAUUUUGUACAUUGAUGCACCUUUACCUUUAACAAUGGCAUACUUUUGUUUUUUUAGAUGAUGAUAACUCUGAAGAAGGUCUGACCACUAUUCAUUCAGGAAGGCAUGAAUAUGCAUUCAGCUUCGAGCUUCCACAGACGUAAGUAUCUUUUAGAUGGGUUCACGUGUUUAUUCACUAAUCGCCGAAUUGUAGUGAAGUGAAAACCAAAUAAUUAUUUUGUUAGAAUUCUCCAACUCCGCUACAGUCACGGCUUAGGAGUUUAAGCAUUACAAUUCGGUGUUUAGUAGGUUGUAGCUAAACCCCUUAGUGUCAGCUCGGGGGAAUACUCAUCAAGGCUCUAGUUUACUAUUAUUUUAGAUGUCCAGAAUGACUCCUGAACAUCAGUGUAGAAUUUGUACGUUCCCGUUUUACAAGAUGCGUUUUGGUUUACAUGACAGUUGUACAUAAUAAUCUUUGGCCCUGCCUGGCCUUGCAACUUAAUUACUCGUGCAGUUUUAAGUAGCACCGAUUUAAUAAUUAAACAUAUUCAGAGGUAUGUAGAGGUGUAAGAUGUGUUUUGGGAUCUAAAUAGGAUUAGCGUUAAGUAUCAUUAAGCAAACCUAGUCAUUUCAGGUUAAUUUAACACAUCACUAAUUUUGCCUUCCUCUCUUACACAGACCACUUGCUACCUCAUUUGAAGGCAGACACGGCAGUGUACGAUAUUGGGUGAAAGCCGAAUUGCACAGAGCUUGGCUCCUACCAGUAAAAUUAAAGAAGGAAUUCACAGUCUUUGAGCAUAUAGAUAUCAACACUCCUUCAUUACUGGUAAGAAAAUAACUGAUAUACUUUACUGUAUAGCCGAAAGUUAAAAACUCCAAAAAUUCUAGUACUGAAGAUGCAUUUUCUUAAAUAAUGGUACAUAUUGGCUUUCUGCAUCAAAUUGUUUUAAUCUCAAUGCACAGUUACACUGUCAUCAAUUAACUUAAAUGUACCUUUGCGUACAAAUAACUUCUAUUUUCCUAAAGAUGUAAAACUAUUUUAAGUAAAUUUAGAAUAUAACGUAAGAGGGAAAAAUUAUGUGUGUGUGUAGUCUCCUUUUGACAUUUAUAAGUUGGUUGGUUAAUACACCAACUUUAGAAAGUGUUCAUAACUCGGGAUCACUGAUUCCUUUCCUGGCAAAUUUACCUUUUUAAGUCAAUAAAGUGAAUGCCGUUAACCUGGCAAAUGGCAACAUCUCUUAAUUAGAUAUUUAUUUGGUUAAACCUAAAUCUGAGAAAGUGCGCUCGGCAAUUUUAGUGCCUGCGAACUAGGCAAACAAUGUAUAUACUUUUAUUAUAAUUCUUAUUACUUGCCCCAUUGAGAAGCCCAUACAUUGAAGGAUAAAAUACACAGCAUUUUAUGAAAUUUUAAGUAUAGGUUUCUGUGGGUUAUUAUUAUUUUAUUUUUUUUAGGUUGUGCUUAUUACACAUUUCUUUAGAAUUCUAGAACUAAGUUUAUUUCUUCGUUUAGACUUGAUUUUUAUAUUCAAGUUUGCACAGUUAAUAUUUUACUCAAUCUAGUUUUUUGUUUGCUUGUUUUUUUUUUGCAGUCACCACAAGCAGGCACAAAAGAAAAGACCUUGUGUUGCUGGUUUUGUACCUCAGGUCCAAUAUCCUUAAGUGCCAAAAUAGAGCGGAAGGGCUACACCCCAGGUAUGUUUUAACCCUAUUCACUUUAACCUUUAUUAACCAGUCCUCCUUUAUCACAUCUUUUUUUUUCUCUUUGUUUGUUCUAUAUACAAGAUGAGUUUUAUCUUAGAUGAAUCUCAUCAUUAACGUGAUGUAGCAUAACCAUGUGUGUAACACACAUAACAUACUUUUAGUCUAUUUACAUAAUGAGAAUAAAUAGACAAAUGCCAAUCUGUUGCCAUUUAAAAUGUAACACAUGUAACAAAAAAAUAUCUGUUCAUAGAACAGAUAUCAGGAUAAAAAAACAUUGAUAUAUCUGACUUAGUGGGUCUAGACUGGUUGCUACAAUUAGACAGUCCUGGUGAAGUAUUUAGUAGUUAGUAUCCUCUUUCCUGUGUGGAGACAAUAUUUCCAUAAUAUUCCUUUCAAAUUCUUCUCAGUUAGCACGCACUGGUUAUUCACGUGCUGAACAUGAACAUUUUGCACCAAUCACAUUGUUGCAAAACCCAUAUAUUCAUCUGGUUACUUCUGUGUCUUGAUAAUCGUGUGCACACAAAAUCCAGAACAGAAACAUGAUUUUUGCGAAUGUAGUAUUUGAUGUGUUUGCAGGGAUAUGUAAUUUAUAAAUUAUCUCUUUAUUGGAGGAUAUGAUUUAAUCUUUAAAGUAUAAGCAGAUAGGCGACUUCCUUGGCCACUUCAAAUCCUUUAAAUUCUCUUUCUUUUGUCAUGUUUUUUUAAAGGUGAAUCAAUCCAGAUCUUUGCAGAGAUUGAGAACUGCUCUUCCCGUAUGGUUGUUCCGAAAGCAGCCAUUUAUCAAACUCAGACGUUCUAUGCCAAAGGGAAAAUGAAGGAAGUUAAGCAGCUUGUGGCCAACUUGCGAGGGGAAUCCUUGUCCUCUGGGAAGACGGAGACUUGGAAUGGAAAACUGUUGAAAAUCCCACCUGUGUCCCCAUCAAUCAUUGACUGUAGCAUAAUUCGUGUAGAGUAUUCCCUAAUGGUACGUAUGUUCAAACUGUUUAGUAAUAUUAACGAGGCAACAGUUUUUUACAUCCUGUUGACAGCAAUAGUAGUUGGAGGCUGUGUCUUGCGUGAUCCUGUACCACUGGGUAUUUGCAAGUGACGUAAUAUCAUAAUCCGGUUUCAGCUGACAUGAUUUUGUUUGGGGUUUUUUUUAUCACAUAGUCUGAAAAAAAGACUUAAUUUCACAAAUUUUAUGGAAAUUCUGCAAUUUGUUGCACAAUUAUGACUAAAGAUUGAGUGAAACUCUAAUUACCAUAUUAAAUCAUGACUUUCAAAUACAUUUUCUUCCAGGUAUAUGUGGAUAUUCCAGGCGCUAUGGAUUUAUUCCUUAACUUGCCACUGGUAAUUGGCACUAUUCCUUUGCACCCAUUCGGCAGCCGAACAUCUAGUGUGAGCAGUCAGUACAGCAUGAACAACUGGCUUGGUCUCGUUUUACCAGAAAGACCCGAAGGUAUUCUUCAUAAAACUUUUUUGAUUGUAUGUUAACCAUGUGCUGUCCAAAAUUUACAAGCAUCUCCAUGGCAACACAUAGCUUUAUACUAUCAAUAAUAUAAACCUUGGCAGCUUUCAAAAUAGAUUUCCAUUCCGCUGACGUUGGUAUAUAAUUUGUUGAAUAUUAAUGUUUUAUUUUAUUAUUUCAGCUCCUCCAAGCUAUGCUGAAGUUGUCACAGAAGAACAGAGGCAGAAUCUUGUAUCAUCAAAUGGUUGUGAUAACUUUGAAAUGGCUCUCCCUGGACCACUGUUUGCCUACAUCCAAGAGUUUCGCUUUUUGCCUCCUCCUCUGUAUUCAGAGGUAAGUUUAUGUACCUGGUAUAUAAUAUUUACUAAUACUGUACUCCUAUUCUUAAAAGAAAAUAUGGCAUAAGGGACUGAAUAUAUUUUAUUUAUUUAAGAAUUGCUAGAUAUUACCAAAGCAUCUGACCCCUUUCUUGUCCUAUUCUUACGGGAUUAUUAACAAUAGCUCUUUUGAUUUCCCCCUCCCCCAAAUGUCACAAGAUGGGUGACUUAAUGAGAAAAUCGUGCAACAUUUAAACAAUUCAAGUAGCCUUUUGUUUGCUUCUUGAAGAAAAGGCAAGACAGUGCACAACUGGUGACAUGCAUCUUUGGGAACGAGAUGCUUGGAAUUUUUUUUUUUUUUUCUUAGCAUUUUUAAAAGCAAGGCUCAAGUAACAAUAGUUAAAUACUGUUGCCUAUUAUUUAACAUGUAUAGGAGUGCUAAGGAAUAAAAUAGAUUUUCAGUAGAUGCUUAUUUACUUAUCAUAAUCACGUAAAAUUGAUUAUUUUUUUUAUAUGAAUUUAUGUUUUUGAAGAUAUUUCUUUUUUUUUUCUUUUUCUUAGUUUGCAAAAAUGUCCUUCAUGUUUCAGUUUAAUAGCACUCUUUGUGUAUUAACAGAGGGGUUUUUUUGGGGGGGGUUUUCUUUGUUUUUGUUUUUUUUGCCCUAUAACAGCAGGGCUCAAAAUUUCCAAUUACAAAUAGCUUUUUGGGUGAAAAUUUAGCUAUGGCGAGUAGACAAUUACCUCUAGUGAGUAUGCUAUGGCUUACAGUAGCAAGUAACUUGUAAGGCCUGGCGAGACUUCAAAUUCUAAGCCCUGACAACAGUACUUGUAAACCAGUACCACUUAAUAGAAAAUUGCUUCUUCUAACCUUAUCUAUGCCAUAUUUGAUUCCUGGAAUUGGUGGAGUGGAGUACUGCAAAUUAUGUGUAUAUGUUGUAUGUUUUAUCAGUCAGAUUAUCUAAUCAGUGUUAUCAAUGAACACUUUAAUAUAAUCAUGUUUACUGACGUAUGUGCCCAUUGUAAAAGUAAUCAACAUAAAUAUAUUUAUUUUUCUUCUUUCGAUAGGUUGACCCAAAUCCAGAGCAGCCCGUGGAAGAACACCCUUCUUGUCCAUCUCGUUGAAGGCGUUUAUUUUUUCCACCAGAUGAGAUUCUGGCCAUAUACAACUAACGGCAGCCUAAUUUUGGGAGACUUACUUUCACAGGAGACAGUUUUUUGAUUCACCUGCGAAGUUGCAAACUGAAUUAUCCUGUAGUCACGGUUAUGUCGCUUAUGGCAUUAGAUCCAGUAUAUGCUGUACGGCUUAAGGGAGACGUGUCCCCUUGCUGUUGGCAAACCCGCAAAGCUGCUGCAAUCAUACAUGGUCCGGAGAUGAGAGUAUCGUCCCGCUAGUACAUGUGGAUCAGCUUCCUCUUUACAUUUGCACACCUUCAGUGUGUAUGUGGGGCAGCUUCAAAUCACUACAGCUUUCUUUUUUUUUUCACUUCUUUGGUUUGGCUGUGAUCUGCACACAUAGAAGCAAAAGAAAGCUUUGAUUAAUAAAAAAAAAAAUGGAAAAAAAAAAAGACUAAUGCACUAACGUUCUUGUUAUUAUUUUUCAACUAAAGUUGUUUGGCCUGGACUUUACCUGUAUGUUUACAUGCUUCGUACUGUCCUUUUAAGACUGCCUGUGCAACACCUCUUCAGCUUGGAUUCAGCAAUGGAUUUAACCGCAAACAUCGAAUGCCUUUAUGCCAAUUCCUAUUGCUGUCUGUUAUUUUGCAACACACUGUAGUAGAAUAGCAAAAGUUCCAGUGGGUUCUCGAGAAAAAAAAAGAAAUGAGGAAUAAGACUUUUUAUUUUUAUUUUAUUUUGUCAAGAUUGUACAUCUUAAUUUCUUUCAGAGACAUGUUGCCUUUAUACUGUCACCCCAAGCAGGAUUUUGUUACAGACUUCCUACAAAUCACCUAAUCUCAGGAGAACUCAUCACUUGCCAAACUUUUGGAAUGCUAUAGGUGUCUAUAUGUUGCACUGUGCUUUUGUUCUAAGGGGCAGGGGGAUCGUACAGAGUGAUGUUGGCUGAUAAAAUGCACAAGAACAGCUAAAACAAAAGUCACAUUUCCCUUACAGAGAAACAUGAAUAAAAAUGCUCUUUCUAAGCUAAAUUAGGGCAUUAAACAUACAUCAAAGGAAGGGCAGGCCGGAAGGUCAUAAGGAGACUCCAGUUGUGGUAAAAGCUGGGUAGAUACUGUCUGUAAAACAGAGAUCUGUUCUUCCUCAAAAUCAAGGUUGUUUAACAAGGAGCCCUCUUUCCAUAGGUCGAUAUGUUAUCCAACUCUUCUUAAAUCGAGGGUCAUUGUCUAUAUUAAAAAAAAGCCUGUGUGAUUUUAAAAAAAACAUAUAUAUUGCUGCACAGAAAAUAAAAUGGCACACCUAUCACAGUGAGUUGCUUGGCAAUGUUACUGAUAAUCAGUUGGGUAUGAUCUGUUUUAACAUUUAACUCUAAAUGUGUGCAUUUGGUUGACAACUGACAUCACAGCGUACACAAAUUAAAAUAAUGAAUAAUUCGCUUUCUAAGAUUUAAUCAGUUGACUUUACCAAGACUUAAACCGAAUUUCUUAGUUUUAAUGGUCAUAGGAUUAAUAGUUUUUUUUUUUUCUGCACAUAUGCUUUUGAUUUUAAACAAAGAGGAAAGAACAGCUUUUCCAAUUGCACAAUACAAACAAAUUUGUAAAAGGGUGAACUUGAUAUCUGCACUGGAGUUCUACUCUGGUUUUACGAAAGAGCCCUUCUUCCCAAAUCACGUUAAGCAGAACGUUUCCUAUAUUUGUUUAGUGCAAGCCUUGUACACAUCUUUCAGAUGUCCCUUUGACACACGUAUCAUUCUUUUGAUUAUAAGGAAUGAGUCACAUUGUUCCAAGACUUGCUCUUUUAAGCUUAAAAAAAUAAAAUAAAAAAACAUGCUUUUUUUGCAAGUGACCUUUUUAAGCUAAAUGAAUAAAUAUUUCUACAGUAAAAGCUUCCAGAGUGAAGAACUGUAAAGUUUUUAAUAGUCACGUUUAAGUGAUUCAGUAGAUGUUUGGAUUUAUUUCAGUUUUAAUGGUUUAGAAAGAAGUGACAGUGAUUAUAUUCUUCUUUAUCUUGUUUUUGUUUGUUUUUUUACUAUCUCUUGUCGAUGUUUCCUCACAUCUUCACCAUUUUCUUCAAGUGCUAGUGUAUUUGGCAUUAUAUCAUUUUUGUAUAAUAUAUAUAUACACGCAUAUAGGAUGUCUGUUAAACGAAACCCUUGUUCCAUUUUUUUUUCUAUAAUUAAGAAAAUGGGGAACACUUAAUGUUUUGCCUGUGAGGCUAUAGGCAUGGGUUUUUCUAUAAAAUAGGGUUGACCAAUAAUAAUGGCCACUGCAAAUGUAUGUGAAAUUUAGCAUUAUAAAGGCCACUGGCUCUCUAUCGCAUGCAGAUGUGGGUGAACAGAAUAUCUUAAAUACAAAAAAGAGAGAGAAAACUUCUACAAAGGUUGUAAAAGUAUUUAUUUACUCUGUUGUUAGAGGCAUUAUUUUACAUGAUUCUGGUUUUGUUUAUUAUUUUUUUUGUUUGUUUGUUUGUUCCUAUAUUGGUUAGUUCAAAGUUGGCAUAUGUAUUCCAGUAUUUGAAAGCGUUUCCUAAUUAGGAACAAACAAGUUAAAUCCAAACUCUUAUAGAAACAAAGUGCAAUAUUACAUGUUUGCUUAUAGAUACUAAUCUAUGGCUGUUUGUAAAUUUUAUUUUUUGUUUUUUUUACAUUUUUGAUUUAUUUGGUGCUGAAAUGUUACUGUUGGCUCCAUUUAAAAACAAAUUUUAUGUGGAAAAUGUUCUGUUUUUCCUAUUGUUCUUCCUUGUUAAAAAUAAAAAGUUCAUUUUUAUAAACA